AUGCCGUCAUUGAACAUGACACUGCCAGAAAAAUCCAUUAAGUUGGAAAGACCGACAUGGGUCAAUACUCUGCAACUUGCAGAUCCGAACUUUGAAAAUUCAAUGAAUAUCGAUGCAAUACUAGGGGCCGAUGUGUAUGAGCACAUCGUUGAGCCCGAAAUUAAAAAAGGAGAAGUUCUUCUUGCCCAGAAAACCAAGCUGGGCUGGGUUUUAUUGGGAAAAAUUCCAAUAAUAGCCAAUAACUUGAUCAAGGCAUCAGCUAACAUAACAACUGCAGAAUUUCAACAAAAAAUGCAACGAUUCUUUGAUAUGAAUGAGAAAGAAACAGAACAGCCUGAUCAAAAAGAAAUCCCAGAAAUAAUCUAUCAAUCCACAACCGUCCGUGAACCAAACGGAAGAUACUUGGUAGCACUCCCCUUUAAAGAUGAUAACAAAAUUCCACCACUGGGGAACUCUCGGAACAAGGCAUUGAUUAUCUACAAACAAAUUGAAAAACGCUUGAAUCGAGAUCCAAAGCUGAAAAAAGCAUACAAUGAGGUACUACAAGAAUAUUUAGAUUUAGGCCACAUGAAAGAAGUACCACCAUAUGUGGGGGAUGAUAGAAACGUUUUUUACCUCCCACACCAUGCGGUGGUAAAGGCCGAAAGUAAAACGACAAAAGUCAGAGUGGUUUUCAAUGCCUCUGCAAAAACUACUUCUGGGUCCAGCCUCAAUGAUCAUUUAUAUACUGGAUAUACACUACAAGACACUUUGGCUCAGAUAAUUUUAAAGUGGAGAAUGUUCUUAUAUGCCUAUAUUGCCGAUAUAGAAAAACAAUUUCGUAUGGUUGGCCUACUUCCCGAAUAUUAUAACUUCCAACGGUUCUUUUGGAAGCCAGAUGAAUUCGGCCCAAUCCGUGAGUACAUAAUAAUGGUCCUCAUAUUCGGAAAUACUUCCUCAUCGUUCCUAACGAUUAGAUCGAUGCUUCAACUUGCGAUUGACGAAGCCCAUAGGUUCCCAUUAGCAGCAAAACGUUUAAAAGAAAACUGCUAUGUAGAUAAUGUCAUGACAGGCGCAGAAACAAAAGAAGAGGCAAUGAAAUUGCAAGAGGAAAUGGUAGCCUUGUUAAAAGCUGGUGGUUUCAACCUUCGUCAGUGGGCAACGAACGAUAAGGAGUUAUUAGAAAACAUACCGGUUGAAUUACGGGAAGACGGUAUUUGCGAAAUAUCAAAUGAUCAGACCGUUAACACAUUGGGCAUACAGUGGUAUUCAGCAGACGAUAUUUUGAAAUUUAAACUACUUAAAUUCAGCGAAUCCGAAAAUAUAACAAAGAGACAGCUUUUGUCCAAUAUCGCCUCAAUAUAUGAUCCAUCACAAUGGCUAGCCCCAUUUACAAUAAGAGCGAAAAUUUUAAUGCAGCGAGUCUGGCAAACCGGAAUCGGCUGGGACGAGGUUCCUUCUGAUGAUAUCCUGACGGAAUGGAGGCAGAUAAAGGAUGAGCUUUCAGUUUUACCAUCGAUUUGUAUCCCACGUUGGACUGGUUACUCCAUUGAGGAUACAGUCGAAUUGCAUGGUUUCUGCGACGCAUCAGAAGUCGCAUACGCAGCGGUCGUAUACCUUAAGACACGUCAUACCAAUGGGAAAAGGACUACUAACCUUUUAUGGGCGAAGACUAGAGUAACACCACUAAAUUCAAAUACAACGCAACCAAAGAGAGAGCUCAACGGGGCGGAAGAACUAGCCAAGUUUAUGGAGUUGACAAUUACUACCUUAUCUCUCGAGGGCGUUCCAGUAUAUUGUUGGUGCGAUUCUCAGAUUGUUCUUGCAUGGCUGCAGAAGGAGUUGGUAAAACUGGAAAAAUAUGUAGCUAACCGAGUGAGCAAAAUAAGACUUCUUAGCAAGAGUACUUGGAAAUGGAGCUACAUUAGAUCAAAAGAAAAUCCUGCCGAUUGCGCCUCAAGAGGCAUCAAAGCGCAAGAACUGAAAACACACAAGCUAUGGUGGAAAGGUUCGACAUGGCUUUCGCAAAAUCAACCACCGGUUGAACUGCUCAGCUUUUCUGGAAUUACAAUGGACGACGACUUUCUAACACGCUACUCCAAUUUCGCCAAAUUGGUUAGAAUCACAGCGUACUGCACGAGAUUUACGAUGAAAUUCAAAGGAGCCAUAUUGGCAGACGAAUAUGAGCAAAGUCGGUUGAGAAUCCUACGAAUCAUUCAACAAAAGGAGUUCUCGGACGAAAUCGACGAUAUUACGAAAGGAAAACCUCUAAAGAAGAGGCUGAGAAGUCUUAAUCCGUUCAUCGACCGCGAUGGAAUUCUACGGGUGGGGGGCAGGCUUCGCAACGCGAAUGUAAACAAUGACUACCGACAUCCGAUCCUUUUGCCGCCCAGUCAUCAUGUCACCCAUUUACUAAUUCGAGAAGCUCACGAAAGGACAAUGCAUGGUACCGUCAAUAUGGUUCGCCAAUACCUACGGAUGCGGUACUGGCUCAUAAAUGACAAAAAAAGUAUUCGACAUGAACUACACCGAUGUCUGACCUGCCUUAAACAAAACAGUAAACCAGCUACUCAGCUGAUGGGUGACUAUCCGGCAGUUCGUAUCAAUCCAGCCCAUCCAUUUAUGCACUGUGGAGUCGACUUUGCUGGACCCUUUAGAACACGCAUGUCUAAAGGACGAUCCACUGCAACCCUAAAAGGAUACAUUUGCCUGUUUAUAUGCAUGGCCACCAAGGCCAUACAUUUGGAAUUAGUUAGUGACCUGUCUACUGAGGCCUUUUUAGCUGCAUUCAAAAGGUUCAUCAGCAGACGAGGUCUAUGCAAAGAAAUAUAUAGCGACCAUGGCACAAAUUUCACUGGAGCCAGCAAGUAUAUAAAUCAGGAGAUGGCUGAAGCCAUCGAAAGAAGUUCGAACGAGAUCGCUCGUAUAACAGCAAAGGAUGGCGUUAGCUGGAAAUUUAUCCCCGUAGCCACUCCUCAUUUCGGGGGGCUAUGGGAAGUCGGCGUAAAAUCUGCGAAGAGGCAUAUAAAAGGUGUGUUCGACGAAUGUAGAAUCGUGCCAACUUUUGAAGAAUUCUCAACAAUUCUAUGCCAGAUAGAAGCAUGUCUCAACUCGAGACCACUUGUACCAUUAUCGAACAGCCCAGACGAUUUAGAAGCAUUGACGCCGGCACAUUUUUUAGUUAGCAGACCACUGAUGGCCCUUCCAGAAGUCGACAUAACGAAUGAAUCACUACAUGAUCGCUGGCAACAGUUAAAACAAAUUAAUCAGAUAUUCUGGAAACGGUGGGUCUAG